AUGUCUCUGAUCUCCAAGGCUUCUGAUUACUUCUUAAACGCAGUUUGGCCUACUCGCAUGCUAUCGAUCUUCCUGGUGUUGGCCACCGCCAUAACAAUAAGACGGUGGUGGCGUUGGUCGAGGAGGGAGAGACCGCCACUUCCUCCGGGGCCACGAGGCCUGCCGAUUGUGGGCAACCUCCCCUUCCUCGAUACCGAGCUCCACCUUAGUUUCGCCAAGUUUGCUGAGACCUAUGGUCCCAUCAUGAAACUCCGACUAGGCAGCAAGCUCUGCAUUGUGGUGACGUCGCCGUCACUGGCAAAGGAGAUCUUCAAAGAUCACGACACCGUAUUUGCCAACCACCACAUGAUAGCAGCUGGGGAUUUUAUCACUUACAUGGGUAUUGACAUGGUCUGGUCACCAUAUGGUUACCAUUGGCGGAUGCUCCGUAAAAUGUGCGUCUCGAAGAUGCUAAAUCACAAGAAGCUCGAAGCUCUGUAUUGCUUCCGGCGGAGAGAGGUCCGCCACAUGGUGAGCCAACUCUAUUCCAAGGCCGGCUCUCCGGUGGACGUUAGGGAGGAAAUGUUCCUCACAGCAUUCAACAUCAUAACCAACAUGUUAUGGGGUGAUACACUAGAAAAGGAGGAGGAGUGGCGCACCACCGUCGAGGUUCGGCGAGUAAUGGAUAGAGUUUUAAUGCUUUUUGGAAAGCCCAAUAUUUCGGAUUUAUUUCCGGCGCUAGCGUGGCUUGAUAUCCAAGGUAUUGGGCGGCGGAUGAAGAAGGAGAUUUCGUGGUUGGAUCGGAUGUUGGAUUCCGUCAUUGAAGAACGACUAAAAAGAGAUCGAGAAAGAGAAAGAGGGAGCCUGCGACGAGAAGGGAAUGUGGAUGACAAACAAGCCAAGGAUCUCCUGCAGGUCUUACUAAAGCAGCUCAAUCUCAAUCUCAAGACAAAGGAAGGAGUCCCUAACAAUACGACACCUAUCCUUACCAUCUCCCACAUCAAGGCCUUGUUCUUGGACAUGAUGAUGGCUGGGACUGAAACAACAUCGAGCACAGUGGAGUGGGCAAUGGCUGAGCUAUUGAAACAACCACAUAUAAUGAAGAAAGCUCAAGAAGAGCUAGAAGAGGUAGUGGGGUUGAACAAUAUGGUGGAAGAGUCUCAUUUGCCUAAGUUGCAUUACUUGCAUGGAGUGGUGAAGGAAGUCCUACGUCUGCACCCACCUGGUCCUUUCUUGAUUCCUCGAUGCCCAAGUGAAUCCUGCACCAUUGGUGGCUUUAUGAUUCCAAAGGGUUCCAAAGUUAUAGUGAAUGCAUGGGCUAUACAGAGGGAUCCUAUGUCUUGGGACAACCCCUUGGAGUUCCAGCCGGAGAGGUUCUUGAGAUCAGGUGGUGAUGAAUUUGAUUUUAGUGGCAAUGAUUUUCGAUACAUUCCAUUUGGAUCAGGAAGAAGGGUUUGUGUAGGAAUCCCUAUGGCAGAAAGAAUGGUACCAUUCCUAUUGGCAUCAGUUUUGCAGUCAUUCCAGUGGAAAUUGCCAAAUGGUGUGGAACUUGAUAUGUCAGAUAAGUUUGGUUUCGAAUUAAAGAAGGCAACACCCCUUUUCGUGAUCCCAUCACCUAGGUUAUCUGACCUCACACUCUACAAUUGA